AUGGCCCAGCCACCGAGUCCAGAGCAUGGAGGAAAAGGGUCACUGGUGCUCGGAGUCACCUGGGCCGAGGCGGGUCUGGCAUUGAUCUUACUCGCAUUGCGAGCGAAGACUGCCUCUCUCUGUCCGCCUGGUCAGCCGGCAUUCGGUAUUUUUGGUUUACGAUGGGAUUUUAUUUGGGUUGUCAUUGCACUGGUAUGGUCCCAUGGAUACUCGUGCCGAAAGGAUGCUGAUCGUAUGAAGGCCUUUGCUUUGUGUGCGCAAAGCUUCAUGACCGGCCGCACCAGUAGCAUCGGCCGGAUAGUGCUCUAUACAGUUGGCGCGGUACAGGGCAUCAUUAACGUGAUCGAGGUCGCCCUGAUCCUGAAGCAAUGCGAUCCGACAGAAAAGCUAUGGAAUCCAGCGGUCGUGGGAACGUGUGAUCGAGUCCUCAUAUGCUCUCGGGUUGGGUUCCUCCAAGGCAGCAUUGGAGCGGCAGCCGAUCUCUUUCUCGCAUUUUAUCCGGUGCACAUCAUCGGCCGACUGCAACAAAUGAAGCUCUCUACUAAGAUUGGCUUGUGUUUGAUUAUGAGUGGAGGGCUCAUAGCAGGUAUUGCUGGCAUCAACAAAACAAUCGCAAUUGCCUCCAUUACGCACGAUGACCUGACGUACGGAAUCUACAAACUUAACACAUGGGUGCUCACUGAAAUGUGGUUCAUUAUUAUCUUUGGAUCGAUCCCAGUACUUCGUCCAUUCUUCGUGCGCUUCACGCAGGAUAUCAAAAGUGCCGCCGGAUAUGGUCAUUCUCGAAGCCGUACCAAUCCUUCCGAUUACCUGACCAGUGGCCGCAACAAUCAGCUCAGAAUAUUUGUCAAUCCAUGGGAGUGGCAGAGCCUAAAUGCAGGGAGCUUUGAAUCGUUCCAUCUUUAG